AUGGCGGAUGAAGAGAUGUGCGCACUGCAGGAUCAGGCUGCGGGCUGCGGCCUGCUGCUGCUGCUGGACUACCGCCGGCUCACUCGGCUCUACUGCAUGAAUGGCGGACACCACAUCCAGAUCCUCCCCGAUGGGACGGUGCAGGGCCAGAGGGACGACGGGGACGCUCACAUUGUUUUAAAGCUCAGAGCUGUGGACAGAGGCGUCGUGGUCAUCCAGGGAACAGAAGCAGGACGAUAUUUGGCCAUGAACGAUGAAGGCCGUUUGUACAGCUCACCCACAGUAACAGAUGAAUGCUACUUCCUGGAGAAGCUGGAGGAGAACCACUACAACACAUAUCAGCCGCAGAAAUAUCAGGACCAGAACUGGUACGUGGGUCUGAAAAAGAACGGGAAACCCAAGCUGGGUCCGAGAACCCACAUCGGACAGAAGGCCAUCUUCUUUAUCCCCAGACAGCUGGAAGACUCCCAGGACUGA